UUCUUGUGGCCUCGCUGCACGUUAUGCCCGGCCAUGGCGUGGUUUGGGGAAGCCCAGUGGUUGGUCCUGGUGUCUCUGUUCGUUGCCGCCGUCGUCACGCUCGCCGUGUAUCUGCUGCAGUACGCCGCGAGGGUCUUCUGGGCUUAUAGAGGGGAUUCCUAUUCGGGUCGCAGCGAAGCCAACUCUCUCCUGUCCUGGAUCCUUUCUCUGCACAGCUGGAAGAGCCAGUGGCUGAGAGCCUGGAUUAGAGCUCUAAACGAGGAAGCCGGAAAAAGAGGGGGCUCCCUGCGGCUGGCGUUCGAGGAAGACGAUGCCGACCGCCCCCUCGAGCUGUCUGUGAAAGAAGUCGACAGCUUUGUGAAGUCUGAAAAUGUUAAGGUGGUCUCGUGCCGCGUGGUGGGGGAGUCCAUCCAGUUUGCCGUCCGCGUCACCCGAACGAUCCCCGCCAACUCGGGGUGCCAGGUGUACAGCGUGGUGGUCGCCCCUCUUCUUCUGAACCUGGAGCUCCGCGUGAUGGAGGGGAAUGGUGGGAACCUCCGCGUCUCGUGGUCCAUGGGGGAUUUUUCAGGCCUCAAUCUCCAGGUUCAACCAAAAGCUAAGCAGGAGGGUCCCGGGGCGAGCGCCGUAUUGGAAACCCUCGAAGAUAUACUGAAAAACCUAAUGGGAAUCGUCCGCCCGUCGGUGGAAUUAACUGCGAGGCCGUCGGAGGUCCGGGAUUUCCAGAAUGUCGUUGGCGUGGGGGGCGCGUCUCAGGUAAGCUGCCCCCCCAAACCUCCGAGGGCCCACGAACUGAAGCUACAGGUGAAGAACAUCAAGGCGUCGUUACCCGACGGCGCGUGCCCCCCCGGGCUCGAUCGCGUUGCGUGCUCCAUCCAGCUCAAUGACCCGGCACAGAAAGUCACCACUGCGGCUGUAAAUAAGUCGGGGAGCCUUUCCUGGGAGGAAGAAUUCUCGCUGGAGCUCAGCGCUAAAUCCAGGGAGCUGCUGCUGCAAAUUGAGGGCGCUGAGAAACCAGCGGAGGGUCCGCGUGUAGCCUGGGCUUCGGUGCCGUUGGAUCUGUUCCGGAAGCAGCCUUCUGGGUUUCAGAGUUUCCCGUUGAGCAGCGAGUCCGGCGCCGGUGAAUCUGGAUCAGUAACUGCACAGUUCUUAUACGUGGAACCGUACGAAGUGAAAUGGCCAAUUCCAGCCCCGGUUUCGGCCAAGAAAGUGGAGAAGGACCGGACGGUGAUGCCUUGCGGUACGGUGGUGACCACCGUGACGUCCGUGACAUCCAAGCCGCGCAUGGAAGGGAAGGGCGGUGCGGUGAACCAAGAUUCUCCUGCCAAGAUGUCUCCGAAAGUGAUGGAGCCAGAUCUCUCAGAUCAAGCGGGUCCUUCCCACAGUGCCGGGGUCAGCAAAGCCCUGUCGUCCUCCGACACCGAGCUUCUGAUGCUGAACGGCUCCGAUCCUGUUGCGGAGGUUGCUAUCCGGCAGCUUCGGGAAUCUUCCCGGCAGUCGCUAAAAUCUCCAAGGAAGAAGAGCACCAUCAUCAUAUCGGGCAUUUCAAAGACAGCGAUUUCUCAGGACGAUGAAACCACUUUGAUGCUUAACUACGCGGCCGCCAUGGACAGCACGAGCGGAAGCUAUCCUGAUUCCGAGGCUUUCGAUGCCACCCCCGAGACAUCCGACGAUUCCCCCACCUCGCAGGCAUCUGUGUCGCUGCAGGGGGACCCCAGCCCAGAGGCGUGGGAGAACGCCAGCCGCCAGGAGGACUGGGCCGGCAACGGAGCGGUGGAACCAGACUGCGAAGAGAUGUCUGUCAGCAACCUGAGCAUCUCCGAAAGCGGAAGCGUCAAGAAAUCCAAAGGUGGAUUUUUACAGAAAGGGGCUAAACUUUUCUUCCGAAGGCGACACCAACAGAAGGACCCCGGCAUGAGCCAGUCCCACAACGACUUGGUCUACCUGCAGCAGCCCGGAUCCGAGCCGCGCAGAAAAAGAGGGGCGACCCUUUCUCGCUUGCUUAUGGGCUCCAAGAAUAAAAGCAAAGGCAAAGGCCAUGACCGUACCCCGACAGCAACGGCAGAGUGAAGCAACGCCACGGAUGAGGCACGGGUCGUAUCGAGGAUAAACGCCCAUGCAUGUUUUGCACCUCCGCAGACACACGGACGAGACGCCUGCGUCGAGGUGUGCCUGUUAUCCCUCGCCGGUGAACCUUCGUAUAGCGCAACACUGUGAGAUUUCACAAGCCCCUUGAUCCGUACAAUAGCCGGCAAUGUGACGGAAUAUUUAAUAGGCUGGCUUUCGGAGAGCUAGGGAGGGGAAGCCAGGAAAGGGCCUAUCCCGCCGCCGCUCCCCUCUCCGCUGCAAGGUGUCCUCUAGCAUUGAAAGGGUUAAGGGCAAUAUAUUCUACGGCUGUGAUCGUGUUAAACCUUCGAUAAGAGGGCAGCUUUCCCAGCCAUCUCUUAGGAAACCCAGUGCCAUAGCAUUUAUGCAAGCUUUUCUAUGCAUGUCUAGAACGAGUUCUGAAGAAGCAGCCCAUCCUACGUAAG